CACUUUAUAAACUUUAGUUAUUAAAAGUGUACUCAAAGGCGACAAAGAGCUGCUAAACGUGAAGCUAAAUCAAAUAUGUGUCGUUGUAUAUGAAGUUGAUCCUAUAGACGAUUUUUUAUGUUUAUAUUUUUGAUUUGAAUAGUUUUUGGUUGGAAGUGGGUUCUGUUGAAGAAGUGGUGGUCGAAAAUAAUAUACAUAUCCCAAUUCCACAAAUAGUGCAAUGUGAUAUCAAUAGUGUUCAAAAAUUGUAAUAAAGAUGAGUGCAGCUGCAAAGUAAUGCACGCAUGCAAAUACCUAUUAUUGAAAGUGUUUAGUGUCUUCGCAAGCUGUCAAUCGCGGACGAAUCGGAAAACAAUUGACCGGCGCAUUUGCACUGAUAACUACUUCAGUAAAAUAUUUUUUUUUUACUCUUGAAACUGCAUAAUUCAGAUAAAAAUGGAGGCAGCAGCUGCAGUUGCGAACAUCCGUGGAAUUCAGCUGAUAUUCCAAGCUCUAACAGUGUUGGCUAUGACCGCGUACUUGUUCCCGCCAAAUGCGAAAGUUGAAGACGGCGCUACAUUCCAUUACAUAAUUGUCGGAGCAGGCUCAGCUGGUUCCGUGGUGGCCAGUAGACUGACAGAACACGAGGAUGUUACUGUACUCCUUAUAGAGGCUGGAGAUGAUCCACCCUUACAAUCAGUUCUUCCAGCUUACUUGAGUUACCUUAAACAGUCUCAGUGGGAUUGGAACUACACCUCCAUUCCGGAUUGGACACAAAAAUGUCACAAAGGCGGAGUUCUUGAUGUUAUACGAGGGAAGGCUCUGGGUGGAUCUAGCAGUAUUAAUUUCAUGUUAUAUGUUCGAGGGGACCCAAAUGAUUUCAAUACAUGGGCAGACAUAACCAACGAUCAAUCAUGGAACUACAAUAAUAUCCUACGAUACUUCAUGAAGAGUGAAAGAUUGCAAGAUCAUCUAAUUUUGAGCUCUGAAACAGGAAUAUACCACGGGACUGAUGGAUGUUUAGGAGUAACAAAACAAUGGAAUAACCUAACACAUAAAUAUUUGCAUGCAAAUCAUGAAAUUGGCCAUAAAAUUGUUUUCGACACUAACGGUAGAGAUACUCUUGGAUACAAUGAGCCUAUGUUCACGAUCGCAGAUGGAUAUCGUCAAAGUACUGCAUAUUCUUUUCUUGGUCCAGCUAAAGAUCGCGGUAAUCUAUUCGUCCUCAAAAAUACUUUGGUUACUAAAAUUAUUUUUGAUGAUAAUAAUAACGCCGUGGGAGUAGAAGCAUUAAAUGAUAAACAAGAGAAAAAAGUGUAUAAAGCAACAAAAGAAGUUAUUAUUUCAGCUGGAACAAUAAAUACACCUCAGCUUCUAAUCUUGUCUGGAAUAGGUCCCAAAGAGCAUUUAGUUGAAUUGGGAAUCCCUGUGAGAGUCGAUCUACCAGUCGGUGAAAAUUUACAAGACCAUUUUCCAAUCAUAAUGACAUAUCCAACCGAAAAGUGGUCUAGCACUCGUAAACCAAUUAACCCUCAUUCUGAACCUAUACCGCUACUCAUAGGAUUUGUUGCACUGAAUAAAUCCCAACCAUAUCCUGAUUAUCAAACAAUAAGUACUAUUUCAGACCCGGAUGUAGCUCUUGGCCUAUGUUCUUUCACUUUAUCAUUCAAUGACGACAUAUGCAAUAACAUUUAUAAAGAGAGCGUUGGAAAAGAAGUAUAUACCGUUCUCACAUCACCGAAUCAUCUGAAAUCUAGAGGAAGAAUACUUUUACGUAGUCGAGACCCUAAAGACCAUCCAUUGAUAGAUUUUAAUACGUAUUCCUAUGAACAGGAUUUAGACAGCGUUAUCGAUUACAUGAAAGACGUUGAUCGUAUAACACAAUCUACAUAUUUCCAACAUGUUAAUGCUAAACUGCUAACUCCAACUGGUUGUGAAGAGUUGGCAUUUGGAAGUAGAGAGUACUGGUCAUGCUAUGCUAAAUGCAUGGUUACAACAUUGUGGCAUUACGCAGGGACCUCUGCUAUGGGGUCUGUGGUGGACUCCAGGUUAAAGGUGUAUGGCGUUCAUAAACUCCGCGUUGUCGACGCCAGUAUUAUGCCUACGAUCACUAGCGGGAAUAUAAAUGCACCAACUAUUAUGAUUGGAGAAAAGGGCGCGGAAAUGAUUAAAGAAGACUUCCAUUGUUAUUAAUUUUCUUUUAAUUUCAAAAUCUAGUUAAUCAUUAUUUUCAUGCUGUCCACAAAAAACUAAUGUUGGAAUCUCAAAGCUAACUUGCACUUCAACUGUUUUCUUAGUCUGUCAGUCUGUUUUGUUGUCAGCGUGUUAGUUUGUAUAUUCAAAUAUUUUUGCAAAAUAAAUUUAAAAUAGAUACUUUAUAAUAGAUAAUUAGUGAAGGGUUUAGGGCAAAAGAAACCUUAGAAAUAUUAGAAAUGAUUUAUUGAAAAAGUAAAAGAACGCAAUUCUGAACUAGGCAGUGUUGUAAGAGGAUUUUUUUUAAUUGUGUGGAUUAUAACUAAUACAACACCCGCCCUUAAGCCAAACAAUUCAACAUAAACACAAUUUUAAACAGUUUUCAAGCCAAUAUUACUAAUACAACUAAAAUGCUUAUCUUUACGUAAAGACUUCGUUUAUGUAGUGUAGUCUGGUGCUACAUACUAAGUAUUUACAAAAAUAAAAUAGGUAACUGUUUAAAAAACGUAUGAGAAUGUAACCUACUUUAUUUUUGAAGUCUAUUGCGGAAGCCAUGUUUAAAUUAAAAUGCUGCUCCAUGUCGGUUAUUUUGUUAUUAUUACAUAGUAUAAUACAAAGUAGCUUCCCGCUGUCUGUCUGUAUCUCUGUAUGUUAAAGAUCUAAACAUGAAUAAAAUGUAUAAAAUUGCACCCGUGCGAAGCCAGUCUGAGCGGCUAGUUUUAUUAAUAUAAAUUUGUAUAAUACCCUUUUUACCAACCACAAUAAAUUAAAGAUCAGAAUUUAAAUUUAAUUAAAAAGCACAUCAGGUCCUUGCUAAUUGAUAAAUGUUAUUAUAAUUUGAACUGUUUUUUUUAUGAUAGAUUUAAAUAAAACUUUAGUUAAUUGAAA